GCAGGAUUCAGGGAGGAGCCGCUCACAAUCCGGGUCUCCAUCAAGAUCACCAUCAUUGAGCAAAACAAAGAAGAGGCAUUCACCAUCUCGAUCUCGCAACUCCCAUUCGGCAUGACAUUUCAUUUUCAGUCAGGGAGUGGUGGAGAGAAACCACGGAGCCGCAAGGAGAAGUACUCGGGCUCCCAUUCCCGAUCUCGGUCCUUUUCCCCAUACUCAAAGAAGAGGGAGACAUUCAGGUCUUCUCGCUCUCGAUCUCCUAUGUCCAACCGCAAACGACAUCAAGGCUCCAGGGAUGCUCCAGUACCAGGUCGAGUGCUUGGAGUAUUUGGCUUGAGUCUGUUUACUACUGAAAGGGAACUCUAUCACAUUUUCAACAAGUUUGGGCCCAUUGAGAAAGUGCAAGUUGUCCUCGAUGCCCAGUCGGGUCGGUCCCGAGGCUUUGCAUUUGUCUACUAUGAGAGCUUGGAUGAUGCAAAGGCAGCAAAGGAAGAAUGUUCAGGAAUGGAGAUUGAUGGGAGGAAGAUUCGAGUGGAUUUCUCCAUCACAAAGCGAGCUCACACUCCUACACCGGGCAUUUACAUGGGCAGACCUUCCAAUCGAGGGUUCAGAGGUCGCCAGGGUGGUCGAGGCAGAUCACCAAGCCCCUAUUAUCGUGGGCGUCGUUAUGAACGCUAUGAGCGCUCGCGCUCCCGAUCCUUCUCGCCUCCGCCUCGUAAGUACCGACGUGGUUACUACUGACCCACAACUGAUCCACCCUCUCCCCUCUUCGCACCCCAGGUCUUGCUCACAAUUCACAAUGACAUAUGUUCUGUUUGAAAUCUUUUUACUUUCCUGGGUUUCUUGUAUUUAUGCUGUCAUUUACAGACUUUCUUCAUGCCAUCUUUCCCCAUGAAAGUCAAGAAAUAAAAUGGGUUCUGUCUGUUGCCUCUUUGUUCAAAAAGGUUGACCCAGCCGUUUGAACAAAAGCCGAAGAGCAGUAAGACUGAUACAAGUUCUAGAAGAACAAGUUGGCUUGCCCAUUCAGAUUAGGAAGAGGUGGGAGAUCAUACAAGUUAGGAAGAAGUGGGGAAAGGAAGCACAAGUUGAAGGCGAUAAGCUCAAGUGCAAGGUAGGAAGACCAAGACCAAGGCUGGGGCAAGUUAGGAAGACCAAGACAAGGGCGGGAAUAAGAAAGAGGAAGAAGCACAAGCCUUGAAGUUAGAAAUGGCAGAAGUCAAUUGUCAUAUCCAAGAGAACACCCUUUGUCACCAUUGUAAGAGACAACAGGAAAGGUAAGGUGUCUCUGAUGGGGUGGGUCCACUUCUUAAAGAAUUGGCAAGUGAAGGGAGACAUUAUCUCUGACAAUGAGCUCACACAGUAUUUUUACCUUUUUUUUUAAAUUCUAAAGCACCCUUGCAAUAUAUUUUGAUGAUUUUGAAAAUGCUGCACAGUAUCCCCAACUCACUACAUGCAAAUAUCAAUGGUCUCUUGCAAUUUAUAUUGGUUUAGAGGACAAGGCUAGCUUUUAAAAAUAUAUAGAUUCAGCUUCAUGAAACACUCCCAUCAUAUACUCCCCAGUCUAAGUGUAUACAAAAGUUUAAAUUCUACAUUUCCAAUUCAGCACUUUGUUUUACAUCUCCUUUGUCUUAUUUUACUUAAUUUUUACUUGCUGAUGGCCCUUUUCCUAUUAAUAAUUACUUGUUAUGGAGUAUCAUUCUUUCUAUUGUAAUUUUUCCAAAUGAAACAAGAUGUCGAUUCUGACAAAAGAAAAACUUUUUUGCUUAAAAUGCAUGCAUUAAUGACAACUGUUGCUGAGAUAUUAUUCUUAUCAAUAGGAAGACUUGACAUGGGCCAGCUAUGAACUCAUACCUCCUGAGUACUAAUGAUGCCAAUAUUUAAGAAGGGAUCAACAAUGCUUCUUAUAGACACCAAAAGUUUUCUCCUAAAAAAAAUAUGCUUUUUCAAUAUCAUUUGACGUUUAGCAUGCUUCUCCUUACAUAGUUUAUGAUGGAAAGAAAUGUUUUCUUGGAGAGAACAUAAAAUAUUUAUGGCAUGCCUUCUGCCAUCAUUCAGCUUGUGUCUCAACUGCAGCAAUUAAUGGAUCAUGCACAUGUAAUGCAUCUAUUUUUUUUGCAAGGGUGAGUGGGAGUUUGAGUAACAGAUCACAUACACAUUUUCUCACUUUCACAUUAACAUACUCAAGAAUACCUGAUGGCUGCUGAUGCCAUAUCAAGUUCAAAAAUUAAUAGUUGCUUAUCCAAUGGUGACAGCUUCCCCCCCUCCUGACAAAAAAAAAAGUAGUUCUCUGGUACUGCUUGGCUUCUGCUUUAAGAAAACGGAGGAUCACAAAAGACACUAGAAGGGUUUUCAUUCAUGUUUUUGAUUAGUAAUGUCCCUGUAGUGGUAGGGACAACUUAUGAGCCAAAUUCUCUUUAGAACUUGUUCAACCAGGUUGAGGAGCUGGAGAUACAGCUUUCAUAAUAGUUUCAACAAUAGAAGAAAGGUGCAAAUUGUGUGUUCAAGUACCUUUCGAUUCCUUAAAUAAUAAUGCCUUCGGUCAUUGUGGGAUACCCUGAAAUUUCUAGGCUUAGGCAGGGUGAAUAAGCCCACAAGGAGAUGCUGAAGCUACAACUGUACAUUCUAGACCAGAGGUGUCUGAUGUGGAUGUUCACAGAGGUACUUGGUGUGCUGCAUGCAGCCUGCAGGCCCCACUCGAGGCAUAUGCAUGGAAUAGUGCCCACAGUGAAAAUAAAAAUUUUAUUUUUGUUUGCUUUGAGUGGAAAAUGACAGUUGUGUCCAUUAUUUGUUAUUCACAGGUGGGAAGAAAAUCAGAAAACAAGAGAUGAUGCUAUACUAGUUACCAAUGUAGAUGCCUUUCCUCUCCCUCCCCCUUCCUUUCUCCUACAAGAUAGUGAUAGGAGAUUCAUGGGUAUCUCAGUAGUGAUGGAAGGUUUUUAUGUGGGCUUGCAGGAGUUUUAGUUGAAUUGUUUGCCAACAGGUCAAAGUCUUUCCUUACAAGGGUGAGGAUGAAAAUAUUCUACUUCACGUUAUAUGGUGAGGUUCAGGGAAAUUUAUUUCUUGCUUGGGAUGAUAGGUGCCCUUUGGGACAAGAAGACAUGCAAGCAUUUUGGCAACAACUCCAGCAAAGCAUCAUCAGUAUGUUUAACACCUUUUCUGGUAUUGUCAAAGAAAUUGAGAAUAAA